CAGACUGUUUUGCCUCCUCUAGAAAACAGCGUCGAAACAUGGCUCGGGUUCAUAGGCAACUCGUUAUUUUAACGGUGUUUUUAUUUUUUGCGCCAGCUGCAUGCUUUUCCUAUCGUCCAGCAAGGAUGGGAAAUUUCACGUCCACUAGUGUUGGAAGGUUUACAAACCAGACUUAUACUCAGUUUAUACAGGAUGUGGUGUCUCAUAACUGCGUUGUUAUAUUCUCCAAGACGACAUGUCCUUACUGCAAGAUGGCCAAAAAUGUAUUUAAUCAAAUAGGAGCCACGUAUAAGGUCAUUGAACUGGAUGAACAUCGUAAUGGCCAACAGAUUCAGGAUGCUUUAGCGCAAAUGUCCGGUGCAAGAACAGUUCCAAGAGUCUUUGUCAAUGGACACUGCAUUGGUGGAGGAUCUGAUACACGACAGCUUUAUGAACAGGGAAAAUUGGUGCCACUUAUUGAGAUGUGCAACCCGUGCUGCCUGAAUAAUGCUGCAGAGGGAUCAGGGAGUGGGCACGAUGCUUCAUAAAUGUUCAGUAAUUUAUGCUUGAUUUCCAUCCUCCUGCACCAGUAAAGAGCUAGGGACCAGCAUCAGGGUUUUAUUAUUUUGGUGUAUUUUCCUACCUCAGUACUAUUUAAUCUUGUAUAGUUUUUAAAAUAAAGUAGUGCAGUUAAUGCCUUUUUGAAAAGCAUGUGAAAAUGAAUAAAAUCUGUGAA